AACUUGAGCUGGCGCGUAUUCAUAAUGACUAAGCAAAAUAGAAGGGGAAAAUGUCAUGCCUCUAAACAUGCUAAACGUACAAUGAGUCAUUUGAAGAAAGAAAGGAAGAUAAAAACAAAGAAAAAGAAAGAGGAAAAGGAUGAGAAAAGGCGAAAAGAAAUAAUAGAGAUAGAGAAGAGAAAGGGAAACAAUCGAAAAAAAAGUCACGACUCCUCACACUACAAAAUUUCAAGGGUUCGAAUUUCAUUUUAGCAUUUUUCAAAUCUAGAUGAUUUUUCGAUAAAGAUGAUUGAAUUAAGGAUAUGCAAAUUGAAGUGAUGAAUGAAUGAAUAAAUAUAGCCAGGUCACUAAGCAUGAAGGCCAGGUUACACGGCAUAUCUCCAGUUUCGACGAGCCAACUACAAAAAUAGUGUAGAAAAAAUGCUAUUUCAGAUACCACAAUACCUUCAGAUUAUUUACAAAAGCUGACUGAAAUGUAGUUUAUAUAGUAUGUUAUCWGCCAGGGARGUUUCAAGGCGAUAGCAAGGCUGGAUCGCAGGAUUCAGGGACAAUUGCCUAGAUGGGUAACCARCUAACAGGAAUUGCCCCAUCACAGAUCCUCAGCGUCGAUCACUACUUCACCGAUUUGCCAGAUUACGAGUUUGAUGGMAGUUUGGGAAGUACAAGGUUCUUCAAAGUUGCACGUGCACGUCAUAGGGAAGGACUAUGUGUUGUCAAAGUGUUUGCGAUCCAAGAUCCAUCUCUGCCUCUUAAAACAUACCAGGAUGAACUGAAAGACAUCAAUAUUAGACUAGCAAAUGCGCCAAAUGUGCUGCCAUUUCAGAGAUCCAUUCUCACAGACAAAGCAAGCCUACUUCUACGACAGUUUGUCAAAGAUAACUUGUAUGACAGGAUAAGUACCAGGCCAUUUUUAAACCUCAUAGAAAARAAAUGGAUAGUUUACCAGCUGUUAUGUGCCUUAGAACAAUGCCAUUCAGUAAAAGUUUGUCAYGGAGAUAUCAAAACUGAGAACAUCAUGGUCACAAGUUGGAACUGGGUUCUUCUUACUGACAUAGCAAGCUUCAAGCCAGCGUACCUSCCAGAAGACAAUCCAUCCGACUUCACCUUCUUCUUUGAUACAUCUCGUAGACGGACAUGUUACAUUGCUCCUGAGAGGUUUUUAGACUCAAGACAAUCAGAUGCUUUCAUGGCUAGUGGAGUUUCARUAGAUUCACAAUCUAUUGGUGGACCAAGCUUACCAAAUAUGGAUUUAUUACAAAGACAAAAGGGAGAGCUACAACCUGCAAUGGAUAUUUUUUCUUUAGGAUGUGUGAUUGCUGAGCUUUUUAGUGAAGGCAAUAAACUCUUUGAUUUGUCAGAACUUUUAGCAUACAAAAAGGGAGAGUAUGACCCCAGGCCAUCAUUAGAGAAGAUUGAAGAUAAUCAAAUUAGGGAAAUGGUUGAGCACAUGAUUUCUAAGGAUCCAUCUAAACGUCUGAUUGCUUCUGAGUACUUGAGGAACUAUGGAGGGUCUGUUUUUCCUGAGCAGUUCCAUAGAUUUCUAGAAACCUACAUGACAAGAUUUGCCACUUUACCAGUUUUGACUUCGGAUGAAAAAAUAACCAGAUUGAAAAGAGAUAUUGAUAAUAUUCUAAAUGAACUUUUGCCUGUUGGAGAAAAUAAUUCGAAACCUGUCAAAGAUAAAGAUGGGUGCCUUGUGAUUAUAGUCUCAUUAUUAACAACCUGYGUGCGUACCUGUAAGUACUGCGUCUCUAAACUGACAGCCUUGGAGCUUAUGUUAACRCUGGCCCAGCAUGUGAACGAUGACAUUAUUCUUGAAAGAUUACUACCAUAUAUGCUKUACAUGGUSAAUGAUGCGCUGCCGCAAGUACGAGCUCAGGCACUUAAAACAYUAACACAGUGCUUGCAUCUUGUGAAGAACAUUGCAAGAAGUGAUGCAAAUAUUUUCCCUGAAUACAUUUUGCCAAGUAUAACAUGGCUUACCCAAGAUGAAGAAGUUAUAGUUMGACUUGCAUAUGCUGAGAGUAUUGCAUCAUUAGCAGAAACAGCUCUUAAAUUCCUAGAAAUGGCGCARCURGAYCGUAGUAAYAUYAACAAAGGAAGCCAGGAAGAUACACCAAUACAGUAUCAAGGGAGUUAUGAUUCAGAGCUGCAAGCCUUACACAAGAUAAUUCAAGGMAAAGUUGUCACUCUCCUUAGUGACCAAGAAAACAUUGUAAAAAGAACAUUAUUAGAAAAUGGCAUCACCAGGCUAUGUGUAUUUUUUGGUCGACAAAAAGCAAAUGAUGUGCUCUUGUCWCAUAUGAUAACAUUUUUAAAUGAUAAAUAUGACUGGCAGYUACGUGGAGCUUUCUUUGAUAGCAUUGUUGGAAUUGCAGCUUAUGUAGGUUGGCARAGUUUAGCCAUGCUUCGUCCUCUUUUGGAACAGGGUUUGAGUGACACAGAGGAGUUUGUUGUGUGUAAAGCCUUACAUGCCUUAACGUGUCUGGCAGAGCUUGGUCUUCUACCAAAACCAACAUUACAUGAGCUUGUUUCUGAGAUUGUACCUUUCCUUUGUCAUCCUGAUAUGUGGGUCAGAUAUGGUUCUGUAGGGUUUGUAGCAGCYGUGGCGAGAACUCUUAAUGUUGCUGAUGUCCACUGUAAUCUACUCCCAUUGCUUCAGCCAUUUCUUAAACAGCCUGUCAUUCAAGUUGAACAAGAGGUUAUUCUUGUAAGUUUGCUGAAGGAACCGAUCAAUAGAGCUGUCUAUGAUUUUAUCAUAAAGUCACCUCAUAUCAACACMUUAUUUGAAAGCUUACAAGACCGUCAAYUAAGGCGCAAUGUCUGUAGAAGUGGUCAAAGGCCAACAUAUUCAGAAACAGAAGAAGUACUUGUUCCCGUGUAUCGAAAGCUUCAUUCACAAGGAGUAACAGAAGCAGAUGAAGAUAAGUUGCUCUACUUGAAGGAUAUCAUGUUAAAACUUCACCAUGCCAAGRCCAGUAAUUUAGAUCAGCCAGACAAGACUGACACCAACAUCAGUGGCGAGAUGGACCUCAAGUUGUACUCUAAGUCUGUGUUAAGAAGACAUGCUGAUUUAGCCAAGUCAGGUGAAGGCAAAUCUGAUAAUAGUGGAAACAAAAAGGGUACAUCGAAGAACAAGAAACAGUUAGCAGAACAACAAAUGAAUCCUGAAUGGCAUCAGAUAUUUGGCUUUACAGAACCCAGCACAAUGAACAAAAAAGAUGCAACACUUCCAGCACAGACCCAGUCAAGACCUAAGUCUCCACUWAAAAARACAGUCUCUGUACCAGUCCCACAGCCUUCAUUUGAACCACCCGAGCGUCCUCGUAGUCCUUCUGGUUCACUACCCAUAUCAGGGACCCAGCGACCAGAUUCAACAGCCUCUCUUUCAAGACCUUCCUCAAUACAAUCAUCCAUGAGUUCMCUUGAUGUGUCCCAGAAUUCUGUGCAAGCAAGGUUUGCUGAGUGCAARCUUGACCUACGGAAACUUGUUCAUCAUAAAAGGGAUCUGUUUGCUGCUGAUAUGAAAGAGAAAGACAUUAUUGGAAGUGUUUUAUCAAAAGGUAGAAAGCCARUACAACAAAGAUGGUCUCCUAAAGGACUACUUGUAGCUCAUUUACAUGAGCACAAGGCUGCAAUAAACAGAAUUCAGCUAAGUCAAGAUGCCCAGUAUUUUGCCACAGCAUCAGAUGAUGGUUCAGUCAAACUYUGGGACUUACAAAAAUUGGAUGGAAAAAGUUUGAUAAAUAAGUCACGUCAGACWUACAGUCGGCAUGGUUGUAAGAUUAAAGCAGUUCUGUUCUGUCAGAAUUCCAUUGCAUGUGCAUCAGACGAGGGAAUCCUCAAUGUAUUUGGGAUAGAACAAAGCYUACAGCAGUCUUCAGUGUCAAAGGUACAGAUCUAUGAGAAGAGAGUCAGUUCAUCCAAUGAAGGCUCCAUUGUGGAUAUGGCUCACUUUGAUACAGGUUCACAGUCUGUUCUAACUUACGCCACAUCACAUGGGUUUGUUUGUGGCUGGGAUUUACGYUCAGCAACRAUGGCYUGGAAACUAGUCAAUGAUCCAUCAAAAGGUCUAAUUACUUCGUUUGUUGUGGAUCCAUGUCAUUGCUGGCUUGUUGUUGGUACGUCAACUGGUAAUAUGGUCUGUUGGGAUYUACGUUUUCAGCUGCCUAUCACAAGUCUGGUUCAUCCAACAGGUGCAAGGAUCCGUCGACUAGCAACACACCCAGUAGAACAGUCAUGGGUUGUUUCGGCCGUACAAGGCAACAAUGAAGUCAAUAUCUGGGAUCUAGAAACUGGUUCAAGAAGRCAGACAUUAUGGGCCAGCAACACUCCACCAUUAUCUCAAACCCAGGUCUCYCCUCAUGCAAUCCAUGCCGUUUAUUCCAGUCUCCCAGAUACAAGCCCGUACAUCAUAACAGCAGGCUCAGAUAGKAGGAUAAGGCUKUGGGAUAUAGCAUUCCCUGAACACUCUCAGAUGGUGGCUGGAGCUGCUACAGAUAAUUUGAACAACGUUGUACUUCAAUACAAGUCCAGACUGAUUGAUGGAACUGAAGUUUUUCAAGAAAUUUACUGUAAGCCUCGCCAGGGUACUGUACAAGAAGACAUGCCAAGGAGAGGUCCRGAGCAACCCUCAGUCGGCCAUCAUGAAUGCAUAAAUGACUUAAUAGUAUCCAAAUCACCACAAAAUUUCAUAGUUACAGCAGGAAGAGAUGGAGUAGUGAAAAUAUGGAAAUGAAGAUGUUAUUUUCAAGAAUAUAAAAUAAAGAAUAGACCCCUU